AUGUCUGCUAUCCUAUCCGCCGACGACCUGAACGACUUCAUCAGUCCCGGUGUCGCCUGCAUCAAGCCGAUCGAGACCAUUCCCGCACCACAACAAGACGCCACGACCUCCUCUAGCGAACCAGAAGUCAUCCUCGACGGGCAACAGCCCCAACCAAGAGCCCCUGCCCAAAUUUCACUAACUGACUGUCUCGCCUGCUCUGGCUGUGUCACCUCCGCCGAAGCUGUCCUCGUCAGCCUGCAGAGUCAUGCCGAGGUCCUGAGCGUAUUGGAUGCCGCGCCGGCGCUUGAGCUUGUGUAUGAUAAGCAGAGCGGCUCAGUCGGCGUGCGCGGUCUUGAGAACCCAGAUUCCAAGCUGCUUAUAGCCAGCGUGUCGCCACAGACAAGAGCCAGUCUUGCGGCCGCUGCAUCUCUCGGCCAUCACGCAGGCAAGAGGGUGACGGACCAGCAGGCUGGGUGGAUGAUCGAACACCUCUUUCGCGGCGAGCGAGGACUGCGGCAGGGGGGCAAGUUCAAGAAUGGUUUUACGUGGAUUGUGGACACAAAUGCGGCGAGGGAAGCUUGUCUUCUGCUGGGGGCGGACGAAGUAUUGGAUCAGCAAGGGUCGGCAGCCACGAAUACGGGGAAGGUAAUAGCGCCGGUAUUGACAGCGUCAUGUCCUGGAUGGGUGUGCUACGCGGAAAAGACACAUCCACAUGUUCUUCCUCACCUUUCACGGGUGAAAUCCCCGCAGGCGCUUACGGGAACGCUGCUGAAGACAACCCUUAGUCGGAUACUGGGGAUACCGCCCAGUAGGAUAUGGCAUCUGGCUAUUAUGCCGUGCUUUGACAAGAAGCUAGAAGCUAGCAGAGAGGAGUUGACGGAUGCGGUAUGGGGGAACAACAGCACAGCGAUGGACUUCACAACAGGAGGAAUAGGGAAGAGUAAGGGGAAAGGAGCCAGGGAUGUCGAUUGCGUUAUUACCAGCAAGGAGAUCCUCAUGCUCGCCGCGUCAAGAGAUCUAGACUUCUUCGAUAUGCCUAGAUCAGCGCCGCCAUCUGAGCAGCCUGCCUUCCCCGACCCCAUCAUCCACCGCUUCCUUUUCCCAUCUUCUUCUCGUCAUCGCAAACAACCUCGCGACGCGGGCACUUCUGGUGGAAAUCUCUUCUUCAUCCUGCACACCAUUCAAUCGCGACAUCCCGGCUCGCAGAUCCAAACGACACGCGGGCGCAAUGCUGACGUAGUUGAAUUCUCGGUUGUUCAGCCUUCCUCUGGAGAGAUCCUCUUCAGGGCAGCGCGCUACUACGGUUUCCGCAACAUACAGAAUCUCGUGCGGAAGUUGAAACCCGCCAAGGCAUCUCGCAUGCCUGGCGGGAAGCCGUUUGGCAGUGCAAGAAGGCCUACGCUAGGGGUUGCCGGCAGCCGAUCAGCCACAGGGCUUGAUUAUGGUUACGUCGAGGUUAUGGCGUGUCCGGGAGGGUGCACCAACGGCGGCGGCCAGAUUAAGGUUGAUGACCAGGUAAUCGUGGACCGCGAAAUUUUUGGGGAAAAGCCGGGGCCACAGGAGCAAAAGGCGUGGCUGGCGGAGGUAGAUGAGGCAUACUUUUCGGCUGACGAACCGGAUAAUGGGGCCAGUGGCUUGUGUGAUGACAGUGAGAAGGAUUUGGUAGCGGGGAUAUCUCCUUCACGGGUCCGAGAUACCCUGGCGCAUUGGUCCAAGAUCACAGGGAUACAGCUGGAUAAACUGGUGUAUACGAGCUAUCGCGAGGUGGUGAGCGACGUUGGAAAGCGCCAAAUGACCGACACCGAGCGCGUCGUCCAGCUGGCUGGGAAGAUUGGCGGAGGUUGGUAA